AUGGCUCAGCAAGUAUCUACCCCACAAACUGUUGAACCAGUUAGACAGCCAAAAGGUCCACCAUCUUCAUUGAAAACAGAGGAAGGUCUCAAGAAUUAUUAUGUAUCAGAAUACUUAAAAGAAAUAGGUUUAUUAAGUAAGGAAGAUUUAGACUCAGAUUAUCCUGUAAAACCUUUUCAAAGACCUCGUCCACAGCGAAACAAUAAUUCUGCUAGAUUUGAUAGGAUUGAAGAAGGACUUGAAGAAACUCAGAAUAAUGUAAAUCAGUUAGCUGAUCUAUUUCAGAAAAAAGUAUUUAUACAAAAAUGUGAAAUUUGUGAAGAAACGGGCCAUAGCAAAGGAAAUUUUGGCAGUGAGUUUGGUGGUAUAAAUGAUCCAGCAAUCAAAGCGCUUGGAUGGAAGGCUGAUAAACCAUCUAAUUUUGCCAUAAAGGGCAAUUCCAAGCAUAUUACCGAUUCAUUAGGAUGGUAUACAGACGUGCCAGUUACCUUGAAGGAUAAAGAAGAUAAGACAGUCACAGUCAUUGGAAAUUUUGUUCGUAUUGAUAAUGGUGAAACAGAACCAAUGCUAUUUUUUGGUAUGUCAAACAUUCAAAAGGUUCAAGGUAUUCUCGAGCCAAAUAAAAACCAGUUCCACAUAAAGUUACAUAGAAAAGCAUAUAUUAUCCUAACCUUUAGCAAGGCUCCGGUAGUCAAGGAUCUGCCAAAAGAGGAGCAGGACCAAGUAUCUACGAUUCUUCUAGUCUAACUGGUGAGAAGGACUUAAAAAAAAUGCAUAAAUUGUAUGAGUUAUGAGGAUAUAGCAAUUCGUAUGAAAGAGCUCAAAAAGGCAUUAUUUUCUAGCAUUCAAUCGAAUUUGGAAAUCAUAGGAUACUAUAAUAGUUUACGCAGUCAGAUUGAAUAGGACGAAUAACUAUUUGGAAAUAAGAGGAUGACCUGAUGCUUUAAUUUUUUCUAAAGUAUUAUUGGUUCUCUUAUACAAAUCCAAGACAUCUUCAGAGGGGUCAGUAGGUGAAAUAAUUUCUUUUUUUGUUCCAGGUAUUGAUUGACCCCCUUGGAAUUGUUUCUUUCC